CUGAGGGUAUUUGGUAAAAAUGGCGCACAAAUCAGCUUCUAAAAUUACUGUCAAGAAUGUCAUAGAGCUAGCAGAAUUAUAUAAAUCUGGCAAAACUUUAAAUCUAGACUCUUGGGCUGCUUUCCAUCGUAUUUUUCGCGUAACUUCAGCCACUGGAUACAUGAAAACCCCAGCGGAGCUUGAAGAGAAACUGGCCAAGUGGUUUCACAGAGAAGACGAUGUUGGUCCUGAACCUGCCAUAGAGAGAGCAAAACGACAAACAGUUGUUCGUAUCUUUGACCGUUGGGCUUGUAACCAGACUUGUUUCAAUGCAGCAAGAGCUUGCAAGCCGUCAUGUACACGAUACAAAGAUGACUUAAGUCGACAGAGGUCUAUAAGUGAUAUGCCUGUUGCAGAUCGUGACUUCUGUCAACCAUACAAGUUUACAGCAAUAGAUACCUUUGGACGCCUGGAAAAUAACUCUGCUCUAACAGCCUCCAAUGUUGCAAAGUAUGAUGCUCUUCAUACGAUGAUUGUCUUUAAAGAGCAUUCACCAAGUAAUAUCACAGAGGCAAAAAUAUUUGAUAUGCUUAACCUUUCUGCUCAGUGGUUUGAAAUGGCACACAAAGAACAUCCUAACUUUAUCUACCCAAACAUCUCCUGGAACUGUCGGUCACGUGCAGGAGCCUCCCAACACCAUGGACAUGCUCACAUGGAACUUGCAGAGGAAUUUCAUUAUGGCCACUGGGAGCGUCUGAAACAGAUUUCACAGCUUUACUCCCAAGAGUAUCCUGGCAGAAAUUAUUUUAAUGAUUUGGUGGAAGCACAUUGCACUCUUAACCUGGCACAGCAGUGUGGCAGUGCAUGGAUAAUAAUUCAUGCUGUCCCAUACUGUGGUUAUGAGUUGAAGGUUAUCUGCUGGGAUUUUAAUGAUGAUUUUAAGCUGGCUGUCUUCAAGGCUGUGCAUGUGUUGGUUAACGAUUUUGAUUCCCAGUAUUUCAAUGUCUGCAUUCAGUUUCCUCCACUUGAAAAUGGGAAGCAGAGACCACCUCUGACUUCAUGCCCUAAGCUCCAGAAGAUGGGGAGUGAAGACAGGAUGCCUUAUAUUGCACACUUAGUUGACAGGGGUGAUUUCAAUAAAGGUACUUCAUCAGAUGUUUGUAGCAUGAGGAUUUAUGGCAGUGCUAUUGUGAAUGAAGAUCCUUUUAUUCUUGCUCAAAAGCUGAACUGGUUUUGAUGAAAAACCUUGUUCCCUUUUAUGGUUUUUAACUCACAAGUCAAUGACCUAACUUUAUAAUGAACACCUACCAAAGUUACUGUUGAUCUCCAGACAAAUUAUUAGACUUUUAACAUUAACUUUCUGAACUAAUCCAAACUCAAACCAUUGGGGCUAUUUAUCUGGCAGAUCAUAUGAGAUAGGUAUUAAGGUAUAGAGUCAUAUAUGACCAAUUUUUCUUUUGCUGUGCUUUGUGAUCAUUAAGUCAUUUAAAGUUUGUUAAAAUCAUGCUUUUCAAAAUGUGAAGAAACACUGAAAUUUUGAUUUGAAAUAAUAAUUUUAUCAUUUUACGCAAUUCUUACUUUCUUUCCUCUUUUCGUCCUUUCUACCCUGAUCGUUCAAUUAAAGUAUUUUCAAUAAUUAUUCAAUGAAAUUGAUAAUUCUAGUUUUAUAUGUUCAAAUCAAUUAUUGUAUUGUGGUGAUAAGUGUGAAAUAAAUAACUAUAUUUAUA